AUGGACAUUACAGAUGUUGCACAACUGGCAAUUUUCAUCCGCGGAGUUGAUGACACAUUGACCGUUACAGAGGAGUUCGUGGAGUUGGUGCCGAUGACAGAUACAACGACCGCAGCUGCUAUUUUCACCGCACUCGUCGGCGCACUGGACAGGCUAAGACUACAGAUUAUAGAUGAAGUCAAGAAAAGUAAAAAGAAUCCUGUCCUGAUUACAAAGCUGAUGCACACCACUUUGGCCUUGCGAAUCAAAGAGAUUAUCAGUGAUGACCUACCAGUGGGUCAGAUCCUGGAUCGCUGGCUUACUCUGAAAUUGGAGUCUCAGGUGAUGGGUUUUAUGACAGACAUCAUGUUACUGAGUUUCCUCUUUAUUCCAAUUUCAGGCACUUUGGCUGCUUGUCCUGAUUCUACAAACCUGUUUAUCACUGCACCAACAGAGAUGGAGGCUCUGAGUGGAUCUUGUUUACAAAUCCCAUGUAACUUUAGUGAUGCUGGACCAGUAAAGUUUGACAGCACAAGACCUGUGUUUGGAGUGUGGAUUAAAAAUGAUCACAACUUUGGCAAUAAUCCAAACAAUGUGAUCUUCAACAGCAGUGGGACAGUUAACAUCUAUCCAAUGAAUAUUACAGGAAACCUGACACAGAGAAACUGCACCACCCUGUUUUCCAAUUUAAUCACAAACUACACAAACACAUACUACUUCAGAAUUAUGAACUGGCCGUUCAGAGCAACAGCUGUUUGUGAUCCUCUUCAAAUAACAAUUAAAGAUUCUCCUUGGAGGCCCAAUAUUACAGUCUCAGGUGAUCUGAAGGAGAAGGAGUCUGUCACUAUAACCUGCUCAGCUCUCACUCCCUGUCCACACUCCCCUCCUCAACUCACCUGGAAUCUCCCACAAGACUCUCACAACAAAAUAGAGGAAAACACAGAUGGAAGCUUUACAACUAAAAUCCAGCAGAACAUCACUCUGUCAGACACACAUGAUGGAAAGAAGAUCAGCUGCUCUGCCAGAUAUCCUGUGAACCAAGGAAACGACACCAAGAGAGCAGAGACAGAAGAGACUCUCAGUGUUUCCUAUUCUCCUAAAAACACCUCAGCAUCCAUCAGUCCAUCAGGUUUGGUGUCAGCAGGCAGCUGGGUGAACCUGACCUGCUCCAGCAGAGCCAAACCUCCAGUCAGCAGCUUCACCUGGUUCAAGAAGAGCAGAGAUGGAGCUGUGAAAGUAUCUGAAGGAGAGAUUUACAGCUUCAGUGUAACAGAUGGAGGAGUUUAUUUCUGUGUGGCCACUAAUGAUCUGGGUAAUCAGACAUCAGCAGAGCUUCAUGUGACUGUUAAAGGAGACAAACUGUGGCAACAUAUUGGUGUAAUUAUUGGGAUCAUUUUACUCUUAAUCUUACUCUGCUUGAUAAUCUUUGUUUGCUGGUUAAAAUCAAAGCAUCAAAGACAACAACAGACUCAGAUUCAAAUAAGUGAAAAGCAGGUUGUUGAAGAACCAGGAAGUAAAACAGAGGAAGUUGAAGAAAACAUCCAUUAUAGUGAGAUUAACAUUUCCAAGCAUCAAGCAUCCUCUGACUCAGUGCAGGUCAAAGGACGGGAGCAGGAUACAGAGUACGCACAGGUGCAAGUCAGCAAGCCAGAAAACAACUUAACACAGAGUCCUCAUGUCCAGGAGGAACUCUACAGUGAGGUGAAGAAAAUUUAA